GCCUACUCUAUAAAUAGUUUCUGGACACCAUACAUGGCUUCACUUUCCCCAUCUCAAUCCAACUUAUUAUAAAUCUCAGAUCCAAGCAAGAAAAUCAAAGGCUGUCCCAUCUAUCUAAGGUUGGCCAAAGAGGGUUGAGUCGACAGUGAAAGAAAAGCGAGAAAGGAAUGUGGUUUCUGUUCGUGUGCGCCGAGGAGGAAGAGAGGGAGUUGGGCAGGCAGCAAGCUCCUGGAUCAUGUCCUUACUGUGCAGGUAAAGUGCAGGCCUUGGACGUCGAGAGACAGUGGAAGUUCUGUUUCCUCCCCAUAUGUUUCAAGGUCAAGAGGAAAUAUCUCUGUACUCUGUGUUCCAGGCGCCUGGAACUCUGUAUUACUAGCUAGUUCCGGAACCUAAUAUAUAGCCAGCGCCAAAACCCGGAAGAAGAGCUGCUUUUACUGCCGAUGAUCAUGAGUCUGUCGAUGCUUCUCUCGCUCGAGGAAACACGGUUUUUGUAUAGUUAUGAUUUGUUUUUUAGCAGAUUUUCUUGAAUGGAUUAGGGUUUCAGUGCCAUAGGAUGCUCUAAUAUGUCAUACCUUCAAGAAUUGUAGAUGAAGAUGCCCCCUGUUUUUGGUGUUGGAUUUCUGAAAACAACAUAACUUUUCGUUCGAAAUCAAACCGGAUUUUCCAAAAAAGAUGAGAGAUUCAAGGAUUGGUUUUAUUUCUUGUCGGUCUCUUCUGCUCUUUUCAUUUUUUAAUUGUAUGCAUUAGUGCCAAAUGUCAAAUGUCCGGAGCUGUCCUUACUCCGGAGUUUAUCUUCAAACAGGAUGCGGUGUCUUUAGGCAUUUUAUACCCUCCAAUGAGAGGAUGCCACUUCAUAAAUCUACCAAACUUAUCGUUGACUACAUCACACUUUAUAUCUCUUUGGGUUUUUAAUUUUCUAAGCGUUCUCUCUCUGUUUCCCUCUUCCACUUCACACUCUUAACUCUUAUAACUUCAAGAAAGAGAGAAAAAAAAAAAAAAGAACAACAUAUUGUUGAUUGCUGCUGCUUCUUCUUCCUUUUUUUCUAUCGCCAAUCUCAAGCGCUCUCAGGCCUCCAACUCUUAAGAAGGUUUUUUUUUUUUAAUUUUUAAUUUUUAAUUUUAAUGUCUUUUUCCGAUUUUCUUUGAAUUUUUGAUUUAUAAUUUUAUAGAUUUAGGGUUUGAAUGCAUUUGCUUAUUUUUUAGAGGUUGUUUAGUCAUUUUUAUCAAAAUUUUAUAUUAGGAACUUUUCUCAAAUUUAUUUUCUAUUUUAUGGUUUGUUCUUCGCUUCUGUUUGUUCGAGAAGAUUUUUUCUUAAAAAUAUUUCUUUGAAAAAAGUGUUUUUCUUAAUAAGUUUACGGGAUAGCGAUCUUGAUUUUGAUUUGUUACUCUUAAGGUUUUUGAAAAUCGAUGGGUCAAGAGUUUGCGUUGUUUGAUUAAUUCAUUCGUUCUUAACGGAAUCUUUUAUCUAUAUUUGUAAUUUGGAAGGGUACGGUGCCAACUCUCGAGAGAGUGAGAGAGAGAGUGGAGAAAGAGGGAAUGUAACUGUUAGAUAUUUCUUAGGUGUGUUUUUGUAUUUUGUAUUUAUUGUAAAUUUACUAUAA